ACCUCGACUUGUUAAAACGAUGUACAACAUUGUUUGCAGUACGCUAUCUUUUCAAUGGUGGUAUUGACAAACACUUUCCUUUUACAAAUCAUACUUUAAUGAAUCUUCCACAUCAAUUUAAGCGUUUAAUGGAUGAUUGGUUCAUUAUCGAAAAAUCUUUUGAUCCUGAGGAUAUAAGUAAAG